AUGGAGAACAGAAUGUUGGUAAGAUUAGGAGUAACUAGUGAGUACUAUAUGGAGAACAGAAUGUUGGUAAGAUUAGGAGUAACUAGUGAGUACUAUAUGGAGAACAGAAUGUUGGUAAGAUUAGGAGUAACUACUGAACCUACUGGAGUACACACUAUACAAGCUGAACCUACUGGAGUACACACUAUACAAGCUGAACCUACCGGAGUAAACACUUUACAAGCUGAACCUAUUGGAGUACACACUAUACAAGCUGAACCUACUGGAGUACACACUAUACAAGCUAAACCUAUUGGAGUACACACUAGACAAGCUAAACCUAUUGGAGCACACACUAUACAAGCUAAACCUAUUGGAGUACACACUUUACAAGCUGAACCUAUUGGAGUACACACUAUACAAGCUGAACCUAUUGGAGUACACACUAUACAAGCUAAACCUAUUGGAGUACACACUAUACAAGCUAAACCUAUUGGAGUACACACUAUACAAGCUAAACCUACUGGAGUACACACUAUACAAGCUAAACCUAAUGGAGUACACACUAUACAAGCUGAACCUAUUGGAGUACACACUAUACAAGCUGAACCUAGCGGAGUAAACACUAUACAAGCUGAACCUACCGGAGUACACACUAUACAAGCUGAACCUAUCGGAGUACACACUAUACAAGCUGAACCUAUUGGAGUAAACACUAUACAAGCUGAACCUACCGGAGUACACACUAUACAAGCUGAACCUAUUGGAGUACACACUAUACAAGCUGAACCUACCGGAGAAAACACUAUACAAGCUGAACCUACUGGAGUAAACACUAUACAAGCUCAACCUAUCGGAGUAAACACUAUACAAGCUGAACCUAUCGGAGUAAACACUAUACAAGCUGAACCUACCGGAGUAAACAAAGUUGAACCCCAGCGUAAACCUGGGAAAAUUUUAAACCCAUCAUAA